AUUAAAAAACUCGGCCCAUGAGCCUAUAACUGCUAUUCCUCGUUGUGGAUAACGUAUAUAAACGUGCGGCCGAUAAACCACGGGGAAAUCAAAGAUUAACCCGCCACAUAUGCUUUCACAGCCAUGGUGGUGACUACUCCGACAUCACCUCCUUCAUCCCUAUCUUCCAUUUCGCCAUUACUGCAAAGCUUCCAGCACAGAAUCUUCGUAAACUACGCAGUACCCAGAAUUCGGCACUCGCAGAAUUCGAAUGGAUUACUCUCCGUCAGAGCUUACAUGGAGAACCCCAACUCCAUCUCCGGCUUCGCCAACAAAGUCAUCGGUUCCCUCCCCGUUGUCGGUCUCAUAGCCAGAAUUAUCAGCGACGAAGGCGGAGUCGGAAGCGACCUCAUCGAUUUCGCGGAGUUCAGAAGGAGGGUCGGCAAGAAAUGCACCAUUAUGGACUCCAGAGCUUUUGUCGAGUUCAAGGACAGGCGCGGCAAGGCAGGGGAUCCUCUAUAUGUUCUGCUUUGCUGUUGGGUGGCGGCUGUAGGGGCAGGGCUCCUGAAAUCUGAAGAGAUUUUGGAAGGGGUAGCAAGACUUCGGAUUUCCACCGAUAUUGAAUUCGAAGAGCAGAGUUUCAUUGCUUUGAUGGAUGCAGCGAAAGAGAGACGAUCAAAGUCGAAAGGGGCAGCGCCUUUUGUUCCGAUGGAGGCCCGAGCAGAGAAGGCGUUAGAUGCAAUUUAUGUUUGUUGCUUUGGGAAGGAUCCUAUAGAAGAGGAAGACAAGAGACUUCUCAGUGUAAUGUUGGCAGCGGUUUUCCCAUUGGUUAAGCCGAAAGAGAUGGAGAGGAUUCUGGAAGAGAAAGCAACAAGAGUUGCUGAAGGUUUAGAUGGAAUGGAUGUCCCAGAGGCCAAACAGCUGUCCAAAGAAGCUGUUCAAUUGCAGAUGAAAGAUCUCCAGUUCCUUCAGCAGAACAAUGAUAGUUAAAAAGUAUUUGUAUGUGUGCAUACUAAGAGUUCUUGAUUGAGAAUGUCAACGAGUUCAUUCGCUUCUCUGCUUGCCGGAGCAGAUUGCAGUUGAUUGAAGAGAAUAGAGGUCCCUGCUUGUUACUUGGAAUCCGAUGUACCGGAACCAGGUUGCGAAUAGCUGAAUGAUUCUUGCUGGCGAAAUUUAAACCAUCACUAAGGCAUACAACAUUUAUCACCAAUUCACCAUCCAAUUUCUGAAGACCAAAUCAUUUUCAUCAGAAGAUGCAGAAGCAGAAGAGACAUUGGAAGCGAGGUCACUUGUACUGGCUUGCAAGCUGGCCUUCCUUGACUAUGU